UUCCUUACGCAAACAUUCCCCCCUAAACUCACUGUUUUGGUACGGUCCGCUAUGACGUCACGCCAUUCCCCAUAUAUGGGCAUGCCUUAAGGCACUGCCCUGACUGACCGACUUCCUGUUAUGAGCAGCAUACAGUAGUCACGCGUUAGCUCGUACAGGACACACUUCGCUAACGGGACGAAACCUUCAAGACGUUAUGGCUGGCGCCUUGAGACACCUGUCCGUGUUGGUGCUUCUUCUCGGCGUCUUAGCAAGACAAUGCUUCGGACAAGUUCCCGAAGCUUGCUGGUGGAAGGCGAUUGGACACCCCGAGGAAGUGGGCGGGGCUGUGACUUCCGGUCUUCUCCGGUCGCCAAGGCUGCCGGGAGAGAAACUGGACUGUGUGUGGCGGAUAGGGGCACCACCACAGAAGAAGAUCCAGGUCAUAAUCAGCUCAAUGGACCUGCCCCCUCGCGAGCCGGAUGGGAAGUGCAGCGAUGACUUUCUGAUCAUUCGUGACCUGAGCGGGAACAAGCACUGGACCUUCUGCGGACGGGAGAGGGCCACGUGUCUCAUCUCCUCCGGUCGUGAUUUCCACGUCAAUUUCGUCACUUCUGCUUCCGCCAAACCCAACAAGAAGCUACGUCACUUCCGGGGAUGGACCCUACAGUACAUGACCGUUGAUGCGUCCGCUGGUUGCCCAACGCCAACACCCGAAGCACCUCUGACAACGCCUCCUGUCGGCCCAGAGACGAAGAGCACCAAGUCAAAAGUGGUGACGUCAAGUCUCGGCCCCUCACAGCGUGGUUGCGAGGGCCCCGGAUGUAGCGCAAACCUGACGACUACAAUAGACCAGACGGGUGGAUCCGGUAACGCCGUGGUGAUCUUCCUAGCCGUGACGGUGGCGGUGCUGAGUCUGGCCGGAGCCGCUUGCCUCGCCUGGUGGUGCUGGUCCAAGCGGAAGGCCGGGGAGAAACGGCAACGGCCGGCUGGGGAUCAGGGCCCUUCCGCGCCCCAUCCUGACGUCAUCACUUUCCGUGUGGGUGAGGAGAAGACGAGUCUGAUGGACGCAAACUACGGUAAACCGGUGGCGCCAGUCACACCGUCCAAACCGAUCAGAAAAACCGCCGACUGCCCCUUUCCCAUCCAAGAAGGCGCAGAAUGGAAGCGUGUACAGGAGCCAUUGGUCGCUAAACGUUUGAAAGGCAGUGAGGUUCAAACCGCACCUCUCCCCUUUCCGAACGGUAGGCAUGUCCUUCAACCCGCUCCCCUGAAAGAUGUCAUCAUCCGUGACGUCACACCAUACGGGUACUCCGACGUUUUACCCAGGGACCGCAUCGAAACGCAACAGCCGUACUCCGACCCGUGUUAUGCGGAGAUCGACGAAGGAAUUGUAAAGGUACCCUGCAACGCGAGAGAACAGAAAGAGGGGGCCCCGGGGACUGCACCGCCGACAAAACCCGCCAGAGGGAACAGCUAUCCUCCCUACGCGACCGUUUACAAACCAGGGAACCUGGAAGCACCGGUAAAACCGAAGCGACCACCGCCGCAAAAAUCCCCGCGAAAAAGCAUCAACCCCAAACCUGACGUCGUAGGUGACGUCAUCAGACCGUCCAGCGACUACUACGAUGUUCCCAUGGUAACGUCCCCGCCCCGCAAGCCCCCGCGAUCGUUCGGACAAAAAAAGGCGGGAAUGAACCUUCUUCGGUUGUCUGACGGAUCGGACGACGGAUACGCCGUUCCCAUAGGAACGGUGACAACCAGCGACCAAUCAAAAGCAGAAUAUGACCGCCUUGAUAGCAACAGUUCCCAUAGCAACGGUUUCCAUGGCAACAGCCCAGACAGUGAGUACCACCAUCUCGGGGAAGGGUCGGACGACUAUGAUCACUUGGCGCGAGGAAUUGUGGACCAAAAGAAGCUCAGAGGUCAAAUGUCAGAUUACGACAGACUCCCUGAACUUGAAGCACAGUAGUGACUGGAAAACGCACAUCAAAGACAUUUUUUUAUAAAGCAUGGAGGUUUCAAAACAAAUUAAUGAAGUUUGUAAAGUUUAAUACUAUAUGUAUGUAACAUGAAACAGUUUUGUUUUUCUUUUCUUGUAAAACAACAUCUGCAUUUUUAUUUCGUUGCACAAAACAACCUCCACGUAGUAUAGUAAUAAUAUCUAGCAUUUGUGCCAGAAAUCAGUUGUCCACGAGACUCUAGAUCUAAUAACAGCUCAGGACUAUCGUGACGUCAGCAUUACAUGUGUACUCAGGACUAGUAACGUAUAGGUACUAUGUAAGACAAACACAAAUAUCGGUUUAGUACAGAAGCCAAAACUGCCGUAAAAAUAUCGUUUCUCAUACAAAAUGUAUUUCCUCACAGUAUUUUACAUGUAUAGAUGUGUGUAUUAUUAGUAACGUUAUAUAUCUCAGGGUGGAUUUUUUUGCUUUAUGCGUUUUUUUCUUUAUCUUUAUUAUGUAGCCAAAGAUAUGAUCAAAAUAUCCCUUCUUUGACACUAUAGCUUGUCCACGGGAAGGGGCGAUUUAUAUAGCUGUACAUAUUGUUACACAUUCUCAGCACUUAAUUCUUUGUU